GGGCGGGCCGCGCGCAUGCGCAGUGGCGGGAGGCGGCGCGGCGGGGUUUUUGCUGCGUCACCAGCGCUGGGCGCCGCCGCCGCCGGAGCGCGCGGGGCAUUGUGGGAGCGAGGCCGCGCCGAGCCCCGACCCGCAGCGGAGCCCCCGAGCCCCGACCGGCCCCGGCCCGACCCCGGCCCCGCCCCCGCCCCCCCUCCGCCGCCGCCGCCAGCACCGGAGCCGCCCUCGCUCGUCCGCCCGCCGGGCUCCCCCCGUCCCUCCGAGGAGCGCCAGCCGCCGCCGCCAUUCGCCAUGCAGCCCGCUUCUGCGAAGUGGUACGACCGAAGGGACUACGUCUUUAUUGAAUUUUGCGUUGAAGACAGUAAAGACGUUAAUGUAAAUUUUGAAAAAUCCAAACUUACGUUCAGUUGUCUUGGAGGAAGUGAUAACUUUAAACAUUUAAAUGAAAUCGACCUUUUUAAUAAUAUUGAUCCAAAUGAAUCAAAGCAUAAAAGAACAGACAGAUCUAUCUUGUGUUGUUUACGAAAAGGAGAAUCUGGUCAGGCAUGGCCAAGGCUAACGAAAGAGAGGGCGAAGCUCAACUGGCUCAGCGUGGAUUUCAACAACUGGAAAGACUGGGAAGAUGAUUCAGAUGAAGACAUGUCCAAUUUUGAUCGCUUUUCCGAGAUGAUGAACAACAUGGGUGGAGAUGACGACGUAGACCUACCAGAAGUAGAUGGGGCAGAUGAUGACUCACCAGACAGUGAUGAUGAAAAAAUGCCAGAUCUGGAGUAAGAAAAACUGUUGUCUUCAGGGUUUGGGGAAAGAACUUCAUCACAUUUCAUAAUUGAGAUAAGAAUUCCUGAGUUGAUAGCCCUAAAGGGAGAUAUUGCAUCCUUUAACCCAUUUUCAGUCCAUUUUAAAUGGCUUCACUGAUGGUAGGUGUGUACCAUUGUGCGGGGCAGUCUUAAGCCACGAGAGGCAAUAAUGUUAUGCAUGAACCGUUUUCCAGACUUCCAAAAACCAAUUGAGGUGUAGGCAAUCGAUACCGAGCAGUUGCAAUAAAGUUUACAGAGCCUCCUUGCCUCGUAGCAGAUGUAAUUCCAACGGGAGAAUCCUGAAUUUACGUCGAGCGGUAAAUUGGCGUUUUCCCCCCCUCUGUGGCCUGCAGGUAGAUCCAAAAUUUAAGCUUGUACCUGGAACAAAAAACUGGCUGAACCCACCGUUAGCUAAUUGGGUCACAAAAUGUAACAGGUGAUGCGCAAUACCUCUGUGGUGUCUUCAGGUGUGUUCCACUAAUGUUUUUAUUAAAAAGGAAACAAAAUUGGCUUUGUUGGGUAUUUAAUCGCUAGUUGCGUGUUCUGAGGCAGUUCCCAGCCCCCUGCUCUGAGCGCGGGGACCAAGCGGCGCCCGCUGAGGGGAAGGUGGCGGCCGCCAGUGGUUGGCGUGAGCGGCUCGUGGCAGAACGGGACAAAAACAACCUCGGUUUGUGUUCAGAGCAGCGGGGAUUUUUUUAUUGUCUGCAUUCUUUCUAAUAAACUGUUGAAGACUCCA